UUAUAAGAAGGCAGUCUCCAAAGGUGCCAGCCAUCUCCAGCCACCUUGUACAGCAGGUAGAGGUCCUAGUGAGCCACAAGGUCUGGGAGAGCUCAAAGUACUCGGAUUGUGCAGAACUAUCUGAAGAAGGUAGCCAUCAGAAUGAAUCUCCAACUACUCACUGGCCUCUUCGUGGCACUGAUCCAUGUUGUCUACAGUCAAGGCAUCUAUGAAGACUGCUGUUUGAAAUAUAGUAAACCCAGGAAACCAGCCCUUUUACGGAAUAUCAGGAGAUUCAAAAUUCAAGAAGUGAAUGGGAGCUGCAAUAUUCGAGCUGUCAUUUUUGAACUUAGGAAAAAGAAUGUCAUCUGUGGCAACCCUGAGGAGAAAUGGGUCAAGGAUAAGAUUAGGCAGCUGCAAAGGAAAAUCUUCCAGGGCUCCAAGAAGGUCCACGAAGGAAACAUCGUUAACGCAGCCAGGCUUUUGACCCAGGGUGUUCAGUCCCAUCAAGUACAUGGUGCUAGGAGGAACCACACAAGGCUGGAACACAUCUCAGGAUCCAUGAAGUUCACCUCCACUCAGAAACCUUCCCUAAGGCUUCAGGGAUAAGCCUGACAUUUAAAGACGUCCCUCUACAAUUUUGCUCCUAUUUGCCUUUCUGGACAUUUUAUACCACUCCACUUCGUAG